CAGCAGUCUCUCGCCCUCGCACUCUCCAGCGGCCUCGCCCUCCAGCUCCACCACGUAAAGGCGCCGGCCCGUCAGCAGAGCACCCGGAGCACCUCCAUAGCCCUGCCGUCCCGCCGCGCGCUCUUUGCACAGCAUAAACGCGCCUGCGCUCGCUGCAACCGACUGCGCAUAACCCACGGCUCCAGGGAAUGCUUCUGGAAAUCCUACCGCACCCCUUGACGCUGUCUGCUCGGCCCAACCCAGGCACACGAAGCUCGCUUUGCCUCAGAUAAUCCUCGCCGCUUGCACCUUCCCCCCACCUCGACAAGACCUGCCCUCGGGACGCUGUCCCUCUGCCGCCCUCCACUCCCGCCAUGUCGCCAGACCCCGCAGAGCGGACAGACGUCCAGGACGGCGCGCCGCCUGAUCGCGAUGAGCGUCUGUCGCCGUCGCCGUCAGCGGCCGAGAGCGAGGCUGAGGCGCCGGCCGACCUGAUGGUUGUUUCGCGCGCGAGGAGAUCAAACGCAGGCAACCGCAUGUCCACCCUGAUUGCCAAGAGCGCCGAAGAGGACGAGUGGGGAGAGGAAUGGGAGGAAGCUCCAAACGAGGAGGAGUUUGUUGGUGACGACGCCAACGACCAGGAUGACUAUAACCUGGACUCGUCCUCUUCCGAAGAGGACGACGAGGGUGCUGAUGACGACGCUGGAGAGAAAGAGUUACGUAGGGCAGAGCGUCAAGAGCGUAUCAAGAAACGCAAGCCGGCUACGAAUCCAUUCGCUGCUCGCCUCGCCGCCGCCGCCGCACGCAAGAGGGUCAAGCUUGAUGUACCUACCACCGAGUCGCCCGCGCCCGCCGCACCUCGGCCAAAGAAGAAGUCGGAGAGAGCAUCUUGGAUACCCACCGACGAGGACGGUCCCACGCGGACGUCCUCUCGCCGGCAGACGGUCGCAAACAAGGAGUCCACGCUGGCUAAGCUGAAGGAGAAGGAUAGAAGGCGAGAUGAUACCCUGGCGAUGAUGAAGGCGGCAGAGGCGCGGAAGGCCAAAGACGAGCGAAAGCCGUUGACUCAAGCAGAGCGGCUGGCUGAGGCAACCAGGACAGAGAAGGUCAACAGUAAAAGCUUGCACCGUUGGGAGGAGCUUGAGGAGCAGAGAGCCGCCGAAAGGCAGGCAAAGCUCGAUGCCAUGAAGAACCGCCAGAUUGAGGGUCCAUUCAUUCGCUUCUACAGCGGGCCCGCGAUUUGGGUUGAUGACAAGCUCAAAUUCACAGGCAAGGAUGUCCCGAAGCUCGAGGAACUAGAGGAGAAGCUUAACAAGGACAUUCCUGCGUCAGCAUCACAACCGGCUCAGCCUGAAGCUACUGGGCGGACAGCGUCGGAUCAUACGCAGCCUUCCAGUCUCAAUGAUCCAUCCCACGUCUCUCACCGUCUGUCGCUGACGUCGGUUCCGGAGUCACAGCCAUCGUCAAUGCAGAACUCAUUACCACCGCCACCGCAGACAUCGCAGGCGCCGGUGCGAGACAUUUCUGCGGGCUCACAUGGGAUGCCGUAUCCGAGCACCAUUAUGUUUGCCCCUCCCGAAAAUACCGACUCGUUCCUCUUCGGAAUUGAGCAAUACGCUCAACCGAAUCAGCACAACACUCACUCUCUUGCUCUCUCUCAGACAGAGAACCACGAAACAUCGCCACAAUAUGCCCACACGCAGAUGUCGGCACCGGAACUCCCCCAGAAUCCCUUCCUUGAACCACACUCCUCUCUAAACGACCCUCUUCUCUCCCAGCAUGAGCCAGGAGCACAAUCCCUCCUCUCCCAAUUCCAAAGGCCUCCCGCUCCGCCCGCACCACGACGUCGAAGGCUCAUCCAACGCGCCCUCCGCAACCUCCUCAUCCUCUCGUCCUUCCCCAAUCUCGAUUCCGCUGCACCAACGCGGGCCCGAACAACCGCCUCCAUCCUCAAAGAAAAGGACCGCUCAGCCCUCAUCCAGCUCUCCACCACCCUCUUCGGCUGGUCUCACGCCGACGCGGCCGCCUUCGUGACAGCCAUGCUCAACGCCCCAAAGACGAAGAAGGAGAAAGAGGCGCUGCAGCGACCGAAGAAGGAGCUGUGCGCAAUUACGAACAACAUUGCAAGGUACAGGGACCCGGAGACAGGGAUCGCGUAUCGGGACGCGAGGGCUUUUGGCGUGCUGAGGGGCGUGGUGGGUGGUGGAUUUGUCUGGAGUGGCGAGUUGGGGUGCUAUGUCGGUGGACGGGCGAAGCCGAUGUUGAGUGCGGAUAGUGCGAAGUCGAAGGGGUUUUUAGGCAUGGCUCCGGCAGCUGGUGUGCCAAAGAGGUUUCUAGAGAUGAAGCGGGAAAUGAUGCAGGCCCCGACGCAAGCCGCCAAGGAGAAUCCGGCUGCAGUUGCAGGUGAGAAGGCGGAUGUACCUCCCACUACCGGCGAUGCUGGAGCACAACAGCCACCGCAGAGUACGAGUGAUGCGAUGAAGGUCGAAGAGCCUGUGGCCCCGCUAGGCACCAUAGGCCGGUCCUGAUGAACUGGCAAGCAGACCUCGGGAUACUCUAGAGCAGAUUGCAUCUAUGUAAUCAUAAACGAAAUAAAAACUUGAUA